CAGGAUCCCAGACAAUGCCGGUGUCUGACGGACACACUGGUCAUUCACUUGUCAAAGCACAGGGAGACAAACAGGACAAGAAAACUGACCACUGACUUCUCGUCCUUAUUAAGUGCAGAAAAGCGAAGAAUCUUUCUUCGUAAGGGAAGUAAUCAAUUAAAGAAGGGCCAUAACGUCAGUAGAAUUAAAAUGUUACCAGUCUAAGAAGGGGGGACCGUCAGGCCCUGCAGCAAACAUCUCACAAAAAAGAUCUUAUUUCCUCAUUCAACGACAAAAGAGUGACAUCAUGGACAUUUUUGGAGGCGCGCCUCGGGUUUUGGGCUACCCGCGACCUGUGGUGGUACAAUGCGGGACGGAUGCCACUCUCAAGUGCCAAAUCGGCGGAGACCCUCGUCCUGACGUUAUGUGGGAGUGCAAAAACAUCCAGAUCAUCACUGAAGGACGCUACAAGCUCUCCGAGGAGGGAAAGUUCUACCUGUUGAGCAUCAGUGGUGUGAGAGAAAUGGAUGCUGGCCAAUACAUCUGCAAAGCUAGAAACAGUGUCGGGGAAACCUAUGCUGCAGCCUCCCUCAAAGUCGUGGCAAAUGACCAGCAACUGGAAGAUAAUGGCAUCAAGCAGCACAAGACAGAAAAUGGGCAGGUAAAUGGAGUCAGCAAAUUGGAGAAUGGAGACCACAGGGAAGAGAAUGGAGCACACAAGUUUGACCAGGAGGUUGACUUGGAAUCGGAUGAUAAACCGAGGUUCCUUAUCAAGCCCCUAUCGUUGCGAGUGGGCAGAGGAGAGGACGCUGCCUUCUCCUGCAAGGUUUGGGGCACGCCUUUGCCAGACGUAGUUUGGGAAAAAGAUGCCAAGAAACUGAAUGACAUCUUUGAGAGCUCUCACUUCUCUAUUAGCGUUCAAGACGGAGGAUGGUUCCAGCUUAAGGUUUAUCGAACGCGCAUGCCUGAUAAGGGUGUUUACACCUGCAAGGCCACGAACCGCAAUGGCGAGGCCCUGGCUGGGGCCGUCCUCCUUGUUGACCCUGUGCCAGAGCGAGAGGACAACAGAAAGUCCAGCCAUUGGUCACCAAAACACAGAGGGGGGAAGCUCGGUUUGUCAAAGCUCAGGGAGGAGCCACCGCUCAGUACAUCAAAGGUCAAGAAGUUUGUGGUGGCAGAAGGGAAACACGCCAAGUUCCGCUGCUUUGUCACAGGGAAGCCGAAGCCAGAGAUCAUCUGGAAGAAGGAUGGAUCGCCCCUUGAUCCUGGGAGGCGCCAUCUCAUAUUUGAGGACAGAGAAGGUUAUUACACACUGAAGGUUUUGUAUUGUAAAGUUCAGGACACGGGACUGUAUGCAUGUGUAGCAUCCAAUGCUCUUGGAAACACUCUCAGUGCCGUUCAUCUGUCAGUCAAAGGCCCACAUGUGAGAUUUAAGCAUCCAUUAAAAGAUGUGGAGGCAAGGGAAAGCAAUGUUGCUGUUCUGGAAUGCGAGGUUCCUGAUGAGUCAGUCCUGGCCACCUGGUACCGUGAGGAUGAAAGACUGAUGCCCAGCAGUAAAUAUGGGAUUGAGCAGCAAGGCACUAGGCGAAGACUCACCAUCCAAGAUGUGGAAAUAGACGAUGAUGGAGUGUAUCUCUGCGAGAUGCUAGAUGGAGCAAAGAGCAUAGCAGAGCUGUCGGUCAAAGGUAAAAUCCUACGUAAACUUCCACGAAAGGUGGAGGUGUUGGAGGGUGAGAAUGCUGCAUUCUGUGUGGAAGUGGAGGACGAAGACAUGGAGAUCCAUUGGUUCAAAAAUGGGCUAAAACUGCACGAGACGCACCAGACAAUCCUUAAAUCUUUUGGAAAGACCCACGUUCUUGUCUUUGUCAAUGUGGUCCACCAAGACUCAGGGGUGGUGACUUUUGUCACUGGACGAUCCAAGACAUCGUCACGUCUUAAAGUCAGAGCCACAAGACACUGCCCACCAAUCUGUCCGCUUGGAGUCAAAAUGGAUCUGGAUGGGCCAAAUGGCGCUCUGCUAUCCUGGGUUCCUGCACCGAACAACCAGACGACUCGUUCCAUCUUUGUAGUGGAGAGACAGGAAGUGGGCUCACAAGAGUGGCAGAAAUGCUUUACCUCUGAGAAAGCCACCUCCACUGAGAUCUACAGUGACAGUAUACCGUCGGAGGGAGACUACCGCUUCAGAGUGUGCUGCAUCAACAAGUAUGGCCGCAGUGGCCAUGUAGUGUUUCCCAAAGUUAUCCAUCUGGUUCCGGGAACAAAGAUUUGCAGUCCCCUUCAAGACCUGGAGGUUACAGAAGGAGAGGACGCUGUCUUUUCCAUUGUGCUGUCAGCCUCACUAGUUGGUACCUGGUUUUUUAACAGUGCCCAACUGCAAGACGGUGGAAGAUACUCGAUAAAACAGUCCAAAACACAGCACACAUUGGUAAUCCAUGAAACUCUCACUGCAGAGGACAAGGCAGAGAUCACGUUUAUCGCCAACGGGUUGCGAAAUUCAGCGGCUCUCGUAGUUAAACCCGCAAUCAUGAAAUUCAGCCCUUUGUUGGAAUCUGACAGUACCAAGAGGGUGGAGACCGGUGAGGUCAUUGUUCUCUACUGCGAAGUAUCACAUCCUUCAGCUAAAGUAUGUUGGUACAAAGAUGGUGAGGAGUUACAGAUGAGCGAUGGCCUGAACAUUCAAUCAGAUGGGAACAUGAGGAGAAUUGUGAUUCAGUCAGCUGAGAAACAUCACGUUGGAGUUUAUACGUGCCAGACAUCAGGCGAUGUCAUCACAUUCAUGGUUGAAGUUGCAGGUCCUCCUGUGGAGUUCAUUCCAGGAUCUGAGGAAGACCUUCAUAAGAACAGCAUGGAGCUUGACCCUGUGGUGCUGCUCUGCCAUGUCUCCAGAGAGGAUGCUCAAGUUAUGUGGUACAAGGACGGUUGUGAAAUUGAACCCAGUGACAACAUCACUCUACAGGCAGAGGGAACCCUAAGAAGGCUGAUUAUCCGCUCUGCUGAAACCUCUGAUGCGGGCAGCUACACCUGCCAAGCGGAAAACAACAGCAUGGAGUUCUCUGUCAAUGUCAGAGAACCCCCAGUGAUGAUUGUGGACCCUGAAGAUGAUAUCAUGAUUGAGCGCUACAUUUCGGAAGACAUUCACAUGCAGUGCGAGUUGUCCCGCUCAGGUGGAAAGGUGCAGUGGUUCAAGAAUGGUGAGCAGGUGGAGGAGGGCGGCAAUAUCCAGCUGACAAGAGAGGGUCCCUACAGACGGCUGACCAUCCUCUGCAGCAAGGUGGAGGAUGGGGGGGAGUAUAUCUGCGAGACAAAUGGGGACUCUGUAUUCUUUCAACUGAUCGUCACAAAGCCUCCUGUACGAAUCAUUUCCCCCACUGAUUCAGAGCUUAAAAUCACCCACUUGGCGUCCACCGAGCUACAGCUCAGCUGUGAGAUCUCAUGUUCUGACGCUCAUGUCACAUGGUACAAAGACAGUCUGGAAGUAGAGGAGGGUCCAAACCUCAUACUGGAAGUGGAUGGGGCAGAACGUCGGCUGGUUAUUCCUGUGGCCUCCAUAAAGGAUGUGGGAGAGUUUGUAUGUGAGACUGAACAUGACUCUGUUGCCUUCAUGGUGACUAUUAAAGAGCAACCAGUGGUGCUUUCCCGUCCUACAAACACAUCAGGGAAGGUGGAGUGUUUAGCAGGGAAGACAGUCGUACUGGAGGUCAAGGCAUCACGCCUCAAUGCAGAAGUGAAGUGGCUGCUAAAUGGCCAAGAAAUAGAGGGGAGUCAUUUUGUGACCAUCACGAAGAAUGGAUUACUCCGUCAUCUUGAAAUCCACUCUCCUUCUCCAGCGGAUUCUGGCACAUAUAGCUGCGAUGCUGUCGAUGACAAGCUUGACUUUCAGGUCACAAUUUCAGAGCCGCCAGUGAAUAUCUUAAAGAAGUCUGAGAUUGACACAAACCUCAAAGUUCUGAGGUCUGAUGACAUUGUGCUGGAAUGUGAGCUCUCCAGAGGCAAUGCCAAAACCAAAUGGUACAAGGAUGGCUGUCGUAUUGAGUGCGACGGAAGAUUCUGUGAGGAGGAGGAAGGUGCUUUUCGCUCUCUUGUCAUUCUCAAUGCUGAGCUCAGAGACUCCGGGGAAUACUUUCUGGAUGCUGAAGACGAUAACAUCACCUUCCAGGUUACAGUUCAAGAACCUCCAGUGACCAUUGUGGGCAACUCUAAAGACGCUGACUUCCAGGAGAUGGCAGCAGGCGAUGACCUAAUCCUGGCUUGUGAGGUGUCCCAUGAAAAUGCUCCUGUCCAGUGGUACUGCAAUGACAAGCUGCUUGUCAAUGACUCCCGCACCAAUAUAGAAUGCUACGGCACUCUGAGGAAAAUCAUCAUUUCAAAUGUUCAAUCUUCGGAUUCCGGAAAGUAUAUAUGUGAUGCAGUAGACGACAAGAUGAUCAGUAUUGUUAGGAUUCAAGAACCUCUGGUGACAUUCCUCAGUAAGGAAGAUGACAUUGUUGUGACUGGCUAUGAGGCAGAAAGUGUGACCUUGACCAGCUUUGUGUCCAAGGAGAGCGCUCUGGUGCGCUGGCUAAAAGACUGGACACCGGUUGAAGGUGAGCGCUUUCAGGCACUCAUGGAAAGUCAUAGGCGUACCCUCACCAUCGCACCUUUAAGACGCUCGGAUGCUGGCGAGUACACCUGUGACGUCCACACAGACCAAAUUCACUUCAGCCUGCUGGUAAAAGGAAUGAGAAUAAAGUUUGUAAGGCCAAUGCAAGACACUGUGGCCCAUGCUGACGGAAUGGUGACCCUUCGCUGUGAAGUGUGCAAACCCAAAGCAGACGUGCAGUGGUUGAAGAAUGGUGUGGAGGUGGUUCCAAACAGGAGGGUAUCCAUUCGAGCAGAUGGAGUCGAGCGAUGCUUGACCAUACAUCGUUUGACAAGAGAAGAUUCAGGGGAGUACGCCUGCGAGUCCAGAGAUGACCGCACGGUGGCGAGACUUACUGUAAAGAUGCCCCGGGUGGUUGAGUUCCUGACUGAGCUUCAAAACACCACUGUUCUAGAAGGAGAAGAUGCUACCUUUAAAUGUAUGGUUUCACCCGAGGAUGUGCAGUUGGUCUGGUUCAUGGACAAUGAGAUGAUCAACUCCAGUGACCAUGUCCAGGUCGCAAAGAAUGGUCUGUGCCACACCUUAGUGAUAAAAAAGUGCCACAUGUUGGACUGUUCCAAAAUCACAGCUGAAGCUGAAGGAACAACAAGCAAAGCUAGCCUCAGAGUCCAAGAGGCUCAGGUUAUGUUUACAAAGAAAAUGGAUGCUGUCAUGGCAGAAGAAUUUGGUGAUGCCACCCUGGAGACAGAGAUCAGCCUUGAGACAGGCGAGGUGCAGUGGAUGAGACAGGGCGUGGUUAUCCAGGCCGGGCCUCGAUAUUCACUCAACCAGAAUGAAUGUAAACGCAGUCUGACCAUCUACAAUCUAAAUCUGUCAGACCGCGGAACCUACCGUUGUGAGACUCUGCAUGACAGAACCCAGGUCAAACUAAACGUAGAGCCCCGUAAAAUCUCCAUCCGUAAAGGCCUGACAGACCAGGAAACCUUAGAACGUGAGACGGCAUCCUUUGAGGUGGAGUUGUCCCACACUGACGUGCAGGGCAAUUGGCAGAAGGGUGGUAUCCGGGUGAAGCCAAACAACCAGUUCAGGGUGAGUACCAAUGGGCGAGUCCAUGGCCUCACCCUUUCCAACCUCACCCUGGAGGACACAGGUACCAUUGCCUUCUCAGCAGAAGGGGUGCGCACGACUGCCAGGCUCACAGUCAAAGAGACUCCAGUUACCAUCCUAAAAGCUCUGGUUGAUGUCCAUGUGGAAGAAGAAUUUCCUGCCACUCUGGAGUGCGAAUUAUCUCGACAAAACAUAGAAGUCAGAUGGUUCAAGAGCGGGACUGAGCUGAAGCCAGGCAAGAACUGUCGGAUCUAUUCCAUGGGGCGAAACAAGUUCUGUCAGAUCCUGCAGUGCUCUCUGGCGGACUCUGGCAUCUACACCUGUGACGUGGGGGAAAGCAGCACUUCCUGUACACUGGAGGUUUAUGAGCAUGAACUGAAGAUUCUGCAGGAUCUGGAGGACCUAUACAUUCAGGAAGAUCAGAAUGCAGUCUUUAUGUGUGAGGUUUCCCUGAAUGAUGUGAGCGGGGAGUGGUAUAAGGAUGGCCACAAGAUCCGGCCCACCAGCACCAUCAAGACCCGCACAGAAGGGACCAAACACUUCCUGCUGAUGUGCAGCGUCAAAGCUGAGGAUGCUGGAGAAAUACGCUUUGUAAGCAGAGACGUUGAAUCUACUGCUUAUCUCGAAGUAGAAGAACUGCCGGCAUCCAUUGUCAAACCGUUGCGGGACAGGACAGCAUUGGAGAAACACCGCGUCAUCCUGGAGUGCACCGUUUCCUCUGCUCGCUGUAGUGCUACCUGGUACCGCGGCAAGGAGAGGAUUGUCCCCUCUGAUCGAGUGGAUCUCGUAGUCGACGGUUGCUCCCAUAAACUUGUGAUCCAGCAGGUGGCGGUGGACGAUGAGGACAUCUAUAGCAUUGAGGUUGGGGCGCAUACCUCCAAAGCCAAACUCAUGGUGGAAGCCCAAGAACUUGUGGUGGUGCGGGAGCUAGAGGACGUGGAAGUAGCCGAGAAUGAACCAGCAGUUUUCCAGUGCGAGGUGUCUGUAGCUAUCAGCAGAACCCCGGUUUGGACGCUGAACGGCGAGAACAUUCAGCCUGGCCCCUCGGUGCGCCUGGAAAACCACGGCACUAUGCACAAACUCACGCUGAAGCACACCAGUGUGGACUUGAGUGGUGUGGUUAAGUUCAGUGUAGGCAAAGCAAAGAGCAGCGCCAGUCUCAGUGUGAGAGAAUGCAAAUGAUCUGAAACUCAAAGCCGGCCUCUAUUUGCUUGAUUUUAUUUAUUUUUUUAACACUCACACUUUUUACCUGCCCCAUUUCAAGUUGACGCUAUUUAACAGAGGUGGAAGUCAGUCACAUACAGUAUAUGCAAGUCAUAAAUGUCAAGUCUUAACCUUCGAGUUGCAAGCAAGUCCCAAGUUACUGUGGCAAAAAAAAAAAAAAAAAAAAAAAAGGCCAAGUAGAGCCCCCACUAAAUUUCAAGCAAGUUGAGUCAAGUCAUUACUUUGGUUAAGCAAGUCAGAAAUCAAGUUAUACAAUCUUGCUCACUCACAAUAUAUAUUCGCACAUUAGCCAUUUUGCAUGUACUGUAGUUAGCUGUAGUCCUACUAACACUUCUAACAAUGGUAGUUUUUUUAAAUUGUCCCUACCAAUCUGUAUUGUCUAUUAAUUUAUUGUCUUCACAAUUAAACCCAUACCAGACAUAAAGCUAC